GAAUCAGAUCAGCUCUGAAGUGAUUUAACUAGUAACUACAGAUACAUUGGCAUGACCGUAUGCAUUGUGAAAAGUUAGAUUUCCCAAAAAACAUUUAGAACAGAACUAGACAGAUGAUGAGCUUUUAGAAUAGAGGCAUAUUGUGAAUGUUUUUGUCAUAGGCAAAUUCCUUCCUCAAUUGAUAUUUGUUGAAUUUAAAGGAAUAAGGAGGCUGGCAGUGGUGUUUGUUGUAGAAAACAACUGCAUGAACUGAGUUCAGAAUGAAGACUCAGAAUCUGACAGCUACUUUUUUCACCAUGGUGUUCGUAUUCUGGAAUAUCCAUGGAGUUUCGACAAUAACCACAGCCUCCAGAAGAGCAGCUCCUUCAACAAGAGCUGCUUUAACAACCACAACUGCAGCUUCUAGGACCACAUUAGCUCCAACAACAACCAAAAAAGCACCUCCUAUGACACCAACCCUAGCUGCUUCCAGAACCAGAAAAGCAGCCCAUACCACAACCACAACUGCAGCUCCUUGUAAAAAACAUAUAGCUCAUUUGACCAGGACAACUAAAGCAGCUACAACGCCAACGAGAUCUGCAAGAACUGCAGCUCCUACAACAACAACUUUAACUACAAAAACAAACCCAACAAUACCCAAUACGGUAACAACUGCAGCAUCUACUACAAAAAUAUUUGUCAAUCCUGCGACCACUACAACUGCUGAAGCUACUACAACAACCACAACAGCAGCUCUAACAGCAACCAGAAUUGAAGAUCCUUCUAAAAUAACCACAACAACAUCCCCAACGACAACUGCAGCUCCUAAUACAACAACUAGAGGUCCUACGACCACUACAACAACUGCAGCACCUACAACAACAACAACUUUAGCUACUAUAGCCAGCACAACAGCAGCUGCUACGACAAUCACUGCAGCUUCUAUAACAUCUACAACAAGCACAACAAUACCCCCUAUGGCAACAACUACAGCUUCUACAAAAACAACCAUUUUAGAUCCUGCAACCACUACAACUGCUGAAGGUACUACGACAACCCCAACAGCAGCUCCUACGACACCAAAGGUAGCUGCUUCCUCAAGCACUACAGCAGCCCCUACUGAAACCAGAACUGAAAAUCAUUCUACAAUAACCACAACAACAUCCCCUACGACAACUGCAGCUCCUACUACAACAACUGGAGCUCCUACAACCACAACAACUGCAGCACCUCCUGCAACAACAACUGUAGCUGCAUCCACAACCACUACUGCACCCCCUUCUGCAACAACAACAAUAACAACUUUAUCUACUAUAACCAGCAUAACGGCAGCUCCUACAACAACCACUGCAGCUUUUACAUCAUCAGCAGCAGCAGCAGCUACUAAUACAAAAAAUGUAGAUCCUUUUACCACUACAACUGCUGCAGCUCCUACGACAAGCACAACUGAAGCUGCUUCCACAACCACUACUGAAGCUGCUUCCACAACCUCUACUGCAACCCCUACUGCAACCACAACUGAAGCUGCUUCCACAACCACUACUGAAGCUGCUUCCACAACCUCUACUGCAACCCCUACUGCAACCACAACUGAAGCUUCUUCUACAACAACUGUAGCACCUACGACAACCACAACAAAAUCUCCUUCGACAACUACAGCUCCUACGACAACAACAGUAGCUCCUACAACGCCAAUAACAACUGCAGGUCCUACUACCAAUUUAACUCCUACGACAAGCACAACAGAACCCCCUACAGCAACAAGUGCAGCUUCUACUACAAAAAUAAUUGUAGAUCCUGUGACCACUACAACUGCUGAAGCUACUACAACAACCACAACAGCAGCUGAAACAACACCAACUGUAGCUGCUUCCACAACCAGUACCACAGCCCCUACUGCAACCAGAACUGAAGAUCCUUCUACAAAAACCACAACAUCAUCCCCUACGACAACUGCAGCUUCUACUACAACAGGAGCUCCUAUAACCACUACAACAGCUCCUAUAACAACAACUGUAGCUGCUUCCACAAGCACUACUGCACUCAAUACUGCAACAACAACUGCAGCACCUACAACACCAACUUUAGCUAGUAUAACAAGCAUAACAGCAGCUCCAACGACAACCACUGCUGCAGCUACUAAUAAAAAAAUGUUUGCUCCUACGACAAUAACUGUAGAUCCUGAUACAACUACUACUGCUGAAGCUACUAUGAAAACCACAACAGCAGCUCCAACAACACCUGUACCUGCUUCCACAACCACUACUGCAACCCUUACUGCAACCACAACUGAAGCUUCUUCUACAACAACUGUAGCACCUACGACAACCACAACCGCAUCCCCUUCGACAACUGUAGCUCCUACAACGCCAAUCACAACUGCAGGUCCUAGUACCACUUUAACUCCUACGACAAGCACAGAUGUAGCUCCUACAGCAACCACAACAGCAGCUAGUACAACAACUGUAACUCCUAUGACCACUACAACAACUACAACAGCAACAGCAAUCAUAACUGUAGGUCCUACUACCAGUUUAAAUCCUACAACAUCCAAAACUGUAGCUCCUAUGACCACAACAACUGCAGGAGCUCCUACAACAACUGUAGCUGCUUCCACAACCACUACAACAUCCCCUACGACAACUGCAGCUCCUACAACUCCAGCAACAACAGCUUCUACUACAACAACUGGAGCUCCUACGACCACUACAACUGCAGGAGCUCCUACAACAAAAGCUUUUUCUGCUUCCAGAACCACUACAGCAGCCCCUACUGCAACAACAACUGCAGCUCCUUCAACAACAACUUUAGGUACUUUCGCAAGCACAACAGCAGCUGCUACGACAAUCACUGCAGCUUCAAUGACAUCUACAACAAGCCCCAAAAUACCCCCUACAGCAACAACUGCAGGUUCUACUACAACAACAUCCCCUACGACAACUGCAGCUCCUACUAUAGCUCCUACGACCACUACAACUGCAGCAACUACAACAGCAAUCAUAGCUGCAGGUCCUAUUACCAUUUUAACCGCGACAACAACCACAAAUUCAGCUCCUACAGAAAUCACAACUGUAGCUCCUACAACCCCCGCAAUGUCAGCUUCUACUAUAACAACUGCAGCUCCUACAUUAACUACAACUGCAGCAGCUCCUACAACCACAACUGUAGCUGCUUCCACAACCACUACUGCAGCCCCUACUGCAACAACAACUGCAGCUCCUUCAACAACAACUUUAGCUAGUUUAACAAGCAUAACAGCAGCUCCAACGACAACCACUGCAGCUUCUACUACAUCUACAGCUACUAAUACAAAAAAUGUUGCUCCUACGACAACAAGAGCAGCUCCUAUGACAAUAACUGUAGAUCCUGUUACAACUACUACUGCUGAAGCUACUACGAAAACCACAACAGCAGCUCCAACAACACCUGUAGCUGCUUCCACAACCACUACUGCAACCCCUACUGCAACCACAACUGAAGCUUCUUCUACAACAACUAUAGCACCUACGACAACCACAACCACAUCCCCUUCGACUACUGCAGCUCCUACGACAACAACUGUAGCUCCUACAACGCCAAUCACAACUGCAGGUCCUACUACCAUUUUAACUCCAACGACAAGCACAACAUUUGUUCCUAAAGAAAUCACAACUGUAGCUCCUAUGACCACCACAACUGCAGCAGCUGCAGGACUUGCUUUCACAACCACUACAGCAGUCCCUACAGCAACCAGAACUGAAGAUCCUUCUACAAUAACCACAAUAAGAUCCCCUACGACAACUGCAGCUCCUACAACUCUCGCAACAACAGCUUCUACUACAACAACUGGAGCUCCUACGACCACUACAACUGCAGGAGCUCCUACAACAAAAGCUGUAUCUGCUUCCAGAACCACUACUGCAGCCCCUACUGCAACAACAACUGCAGCUCCUUCAACAACAACUUUAGGUACUUUCGCAAGCACAACAGCAGCUGCUACAACAAUCACUGCAGCUUCAAUUACAUCUACAACAAGCCCCACAAUACCCCCUACAGAAACAACUGCAGCUCCUACUAUAACUACUGGAGCUGCUUCCACAGCCACUACUGCACCCACUACUGCAACUGCAGCUCCUACAACAACAACUUUAGCUAUUAUAACAAGCACAACAGCAGCUCCAAUGACAACCACUGCAGCUUCUACUACAUCUACAGCUACUAAUACAAAAAAUGUUGCUCCUACGACAACAAGAGCAGCUCCUAUGACAAUAACUGUAGAUCCUGUUACAACUGCUGCAGCUACUAUGAAAACCACAACAGCAGCUCCAACAACAACACCUGUAGCUGCUUCCACAACCAUUACUGCAACCUCUACUGCAACCACAACUGAAGCUUCUUCUACAACAACUGUAGCUCCUACGAAAACCACAACAACAUCCCCUUCGACAACUGCAGCUCCUAUGACAACAACAGUAGCUCCUACAACGCCAAACCCAACUGCAGGUCCUACUACCAAUUUAACUCCUACGACAAACAGAACUUUAGCUCCUACAGCAACCACAACAGCAGCUAGUACAACAACUGUAGCUACUAUGACCCCUAUAACUGCAGCAACUACAACAGCAAUCCUAGCUGCAGGUCCUACAGAAAUCACAACUGUAGAUCCUUCAACCCCCACAAUUACAGCUUCUACUAUAACAACUGUAGCUCCUACGAUAACUACAACUGCAGCAGCUCCUACAACAACAACUGUAGCUGCUUCCACAACCACUACUGCAGCCCCUACUGCAAUAACAAGUGCAGCUCCUACUACAACAACAAGCACAACAACAGCUCAUUCGACAACCACUGCAGCUCCUACUACAAUCACAACAACUGCAACUCCUACGACAACUACAACUGCAGCUACAACAAAUGUUUUACUUAUGACACUCACAACUGUAGCUCCUACUACCACAACUGUAGCUCCUGCUGCGGAUGUUAUGAUAACAACUGUACCUACAACCACUACAUCUGCAGCACCUACUAUGAUAACCACAGCUACAACUACAAAAAAUGUAGCUCCUUUGACAACCACAACUGCAGCUCCUUCUACAGUAACUAAAGCUCCUACAGCAGGCACAACAGAAGCUCCUAAGACAAUAAUUUUAGUUCCUACAACAACGACCAUCAGAACUGAAGCUCUUACGACAAUUACAAAUGCAGCUCCUACCUCAAAUGUAGCUGCUACGGCGAAAACAGUAGCUUUUACGACAGCAAUUGUAGCUCCUACAACCAAUAUAUUUGCAAAUCCUUCUACAACAACUGUAUCUCCAUUGACAACGAGAACUGCAGCUCUAUCUACAACAACUGUAGCUCCUACUACCAUUACAACUUCAAAACCUACAACGACAACCACAAGUGCAGCUCCAUCUACAACAACUGUAGCCCCUACGACCAUUACAACUUCAAAACCUACAACGACAACCACAAGUGCAGCUCCAUCUACAACAACUGUAGCUCCUACGACCAUUACAACUUCAAAACCCACAAUGACAAUCACAAACGCAGCUUAUAGUACCACUUUAGCUCCUAUGACAACCACAACAGCAGCUCCUGCAACAAAAACUGUAGCUGCUUUAACAACCACAACUGAAGCUUCUAGGACCACUUUAGCUCCAACGACAACCACAAGUGCAGCUCCAUCUACAACAACUGUAGCUCCUACAACCAUUACAACUUCAAAACCUACAAUGACAAUCACACCUACAGCCUCUAGGACCACUUUAGCUCCUACAACAACCACAAAAGCAGCUCCUAUGACAACCCUAGCUGCUUCUAAAACCACAAAAGUGGCCCAUACCACAACCACAAUUCAUUGUAAAAAACAUGGAGCUCAUUUGACCAGCACAACUAAAGCAGCUACUACGACAACGAGAUCUGCAGUAACUAAAACAACUAAAGUUCCAACCACCACAACUCCAGCAACUACUAAGACAACCAAAACUGUAGCUCCUACAACAAUAAGAGUAGUUCCCAAGACAACCACAACUUCAGCUUCUUCUACAACAACUAUAGCACCUAAAACAACCACAAAAAUCUCCCCUUCGACAACAGUAGCUCCAACAACGCCAACCACAACUGUAGCACCUACAGGAACCACAACAACAACUGUAGCACCUACGACAACCACAACAACAUCGUUUUCGACAACUAAAGCUGCAACUACAACACCUGUAGCUCCUACAGUGCCAAUCACAACUGCAGGACCUACUACCAUAGUAAGUCCUACGACAACCACAAAUGUAGCUCCUACAGCAACCACAACAGCAGCUAGUACAACAAAUGUAGCUCCCACGAUCACUACAACUGCAGCAGCACCAACUGUAGCUGCAUCCACAACCACUACAGCAGCCCCACUGGCAACAACAACUCUAGCUCAUACAACAACAACUUUAGCUACAAUAGCAAGCACAACAGCAGCUGCUACGACAACCACUGCAGCUUCUAUAACAUCUACAACAAGCGCAACAAUACCCCCUACGGCAUCAACUACAGCUUCUACUACGCCAAAAAUUGUAGUUCCUGCGACCACCACAAAUGAUGCAGCUACUACGACAACCACAGCUCCAACUGUAGCUUCUUCCACAAAAACAAGUGCAGCCCCUACUGCAACCACAACAGAAGCUUCUUCUACAACAACUACUGCAACCCUUACUGGAACCAUAACUGAAGCUUCUUCUAAAACAACUAUAGCACCUACGACAACCACAACAAUCUCCCCUUCGACAACUGUAGCUCCAACAACGCCAAUCACAACUGAAGGUCCUACUACCAUUUUAACUCCUACGACAACCACAACUGUAGCACCUACCUCAACCACUACAGCAGCCCCUACUGCAACUAGAAAUGAAGAUCAUUCUACAAUAACCACAACAACAUCCCAUACGACAACUGCAGCUCCAACUACAACCACCGGAGCUCCUACGGCCACUACAACAGCAGCAGCUCUUACAACAACAACUGAAGCUGCUUCCACAAGCACUACUGCGGCCCUUACUGCAACCACAUCUGAAGCUUCUUCUUCAACAACUAUAGCACCUACGACAACAUCCCCUUCGACAACUGUAGCUCCAACAACGCCAAUCACAACCGAAGGUCCUACUACCAUUUUAACUCCUACAACAACCACAACUAUAGGACCUACAGCAGCCACAACAACAACUGUAGCACCUACGACAACAUCUUUUUCGACAACUGCAGCUCCAACAACUAUAGCACCUACGACAACCACAACAAUCUCCCCUUCGACAACUAUAGCUCCAACAACACCAAUCACAACCGAAGGUCCUACUACCAUUUUAACUCCUACGACAACCACAACUGUAGCACCUACAGCAGCCACAACAACAACUGUAGCACCUACGACAACAUCUUUUUCGACAACUGCAGCUCCAACAACUGUAGCUCCAACAACUAUAGCACCUACGACAACCACAACAAUCUCCCCUUCAACAACUGUAGCUCCAACAACACCAAUCACAACCGAAGGUCCUACUACCAUUUUAACUCAUACGACAACCACAACUGGAGCACCUACAGCAACCACAACAACAACUGUAGAACCUAUGACAACCACAACAACAUCCUUUUCGACAACUGCAGCUCCAACAACUGUAGCUCCUACAACGCCAAUCAAAACUGAAGGACCUACUACCAUUUUAACUCCUACGACAACCACAACUGUAGCACCUACAGCAGCCACAACAACAACUGUAGCACCUACAACAACAUAUUUUUCGACAACUGCAGCUCCAACAACUGUAGCUCCAACAACUAUAGCACCUACGACAACCACAACAAUCUCCCCUUCGACAACUGUAGCUCCAACAACACCAAUCACAACCGAAGGUCCUACUACCAUUUUAACUCCUACGACAACCACAACUGGAGCACCUACAGCAACCACAACAACAACUGUAGCACCUACGACAACCACAACAACAUCGUUUUCGACAACUAAAGCUGCAACUACAACACCUGUAGCUCCUACAGUGCCAAUCACAACUGCAGGACCUACUACCAUAGUAAGUCCUACGACAACCACAAAUGUAGCUCCUACAGCAACCACAACAGCAGCUAGUACAACAAAUGUAGCUCCCACGAUCACUACAACUGCAGCAGCACCAACUGUAGCUGCAUCCACAACCACUACAGCAGCCCCACUGGCAACAACAACUCUAGCUCAUACAACAACAACUUUAGCUACAAUAGCAAGCACAACAGCAGCUGCUACGACAACCACUGCAGCUUCUAUAACAUCUACAACAAGCGCAACAAUACCCCCUACGGCAUCAACUACAGCUUCUACUACGCCAAAAAUUGUAGUUCCUGCGACCACCACAAAUGAUGCAGCUACUACGACAACCACAGCUCCAACUGUAGCUUCUUCCACAAAAACAAGUGCAGCCCCUACUGCAACCACAACAGAAGCUUCUUCUACAACAACUACUGCAACCCUUACUGGAACCAUAACUGAAGCUUCUUCUAAAACAACUAUAGCACCUACGACAACCACAACAAUCUCCCCUUCGACAACUGUAGCUCCAACAACGCCAAUCACAACUGAAGGUCCUACUACCAUUUUAACUCCUACGACAACCACAACUGUAGCACCUACCUCAACCACUACAGCAGCCCCUACUGCAACUAGAAAUGAAGAUCAUUCUACAAUAACCACAACAACAUCCCAUACGACAACUGCAGCUCCAACUACAACCACCGGAGCUCCUACGGCCACUACAACAGCAGCAGCUCUUACAACAACAACUGAAGCUGCUUCCACAAGCACUACUGCGGCCCUUACUGCAACCACAUCUGAAGCUUCUUCUUCAACAACUAUAGCACCUACGACAACAUCCCCUUCGACAACUGUAGCUCCAACAACGCCAAUCACAACCGAAGGUCCUACUACCAUUUUAACUCCUACAACAACCACAACUAUAGGACCUACAGCAGCCACAACAACAACUGUAGCACCUACGACAACAUAUUUUUCGACAACUGCAGCUCCAACAACUAUAGCACCUACGACAACCACAACAAUCUCCCCUUCGACAACUAUAGCUCCAACAACACCAAUCACAACCGAAGGUCCUACUACCAUUUUAACUCCUACGACAACCACAACUGUAGCACCUACAGCAGCCACAACAACAACUGUAGCACCUACGACAACAUAUUUUUCGACAACUGCAGCUCCAACAACUGUAGCUCCAACAACUAUAGCACCUACGACAACCACAACAAUCUCCCCUUCAACAACUGUAGCUCCAACAACACCAAUCACAACCGAAGGUCCUACUACCAUUUUAACUCAUACGACAACCACAACUGGAGCACCUACAGCAACCACAACAACAACUGUAGAACCUAUGACAACCACAACAACAUCCUUUUCGACAACUGCAGCUCCAACAACUGUAGCUCCUACAACGCCAAUCAAAACUGAAGGACCUACUACCCUUUUAACUCCUACGACAACCACAACUGUAGCACCUACAGCAGCCACAACAACAACUGUAGCACCUACAACAACAUAUUUUUCGACAACUGCAGCUCCAACAACUGUAGCUCCAACAACUAUAGCACCUACGACAACCACAACAAUCUCCCCUUCGACAACUGUAGCUCCAACAACACCAAUCACAACCGAAGGUCCUACUACCAUUUUAACUCCUACGACAACCACAACUGGAGCACCUACAGCAACCACAACAACAACUGUAGAACCUAUGACAACCACAACAACAUCCUUUUCGACAACUGUAGCUCCUACAAUGCCAAUCAAAACUGCAGGACCCACUGCCAUUGUAAGUCCUACGACAAACACAAAUGUAGCUCCUACAGCAACCACAACAGCAGCUAGUACAACAACUGGAGCUCCAACGACCACAACAACUGCACCAGCACCAACUGUAGCUGCAUCCACAACCACUACUGCAGCCCCUAUGGCAACAACAACUCUAGCUCAUACAACAACAACGUUAGCUACAAUAGCAAGCACAACAGCAGCUGCAACGACAACCACUGCAGCUUCUAUAACAUCUACAACAAGCGCAACAAUACCACCUACGGAAACAACUACAGCUUCUACUACGACAAAAAUGGUAGAUCCUGCGACCACCACAAAUGAUGCAGCUACUACGACAACCACAGCUCCUACAACUCCAACUGUAGCUUCUUCCACAAGAACAAGUGCAGCUCCUACUACAACCACAACAGAAGCUUCUUCUACAGCAACUGUAGAAACUACGACUACCACAACAACAUCCCCUACAACAACUGCAGCUACUACUACAACUACCGUGGCUCCUACGGCCACUACAACUGCAGCAGCUCCAACAACAACUGUAGCUGCUUCCUCAACCACUACAGCAGCCCCUACUGCAACUAGAAAUGAAGAUCCUUCUACAAUAACCACAACAACAUCCCCUACGACAACUGCAGCUCCUAGUACAACCACCGGAGCUCCUACGGCCACUACAACAGCAGCAGCUCUUACAACAACAACUGAAGCUGUUUCCACAAGCACUACUGCAGGCCUUACUGCAACCACAUCUGAAGCUUCUUCUACAACAACUAUAGCACCUACAACAACAUCCCCUUCGACAACUGUAGCUCCAACAACGCCAAUCACAACCGAAGGUCCUACUACCAUUUUAACUCCUACGACAGCCACAACUGUAGCACCUACAGCAGCCACAACAACAACUGUAGCACCUACGACAACAUCUUUUUCGACAACUGCAGCUCCAACAACUGUAGCUCCAACAACUAUAGCACCUACGACAACCACAACAAUCUCCCCUUCAAGAACUGUAGCUCCACCAACACCAAUCACAACCGAAGGACCUACUACCAUUUUAACUACUACAGCAACCACAACUGGAGCACCUACAGCAACCACAACAACAACUGUAGAACCUAUGACAACCACAACAACAUCCUUUUCGACAACUGCAGCUCCAACAACUGUAGCUCCUACAACGUCAAUCAAAACUGCAGGACCCACUGGCAUUGUAAGUCCUACGACAAACACAAAUGUAGCUCCUACAGCAACCACAACAGCAGCUAGUACAACAACUGGAGCUCCAACGACCACAACAACUGCAGCAGCACCAACUGUAGCUACAUCCACAACCACUACUGCAGCCCCUAUGGCAACAACAACUCUAGCUCAUACAACAACAACGUUAGCUACAAUAGCAAGCACAACAGCAGCUGCAACGACAACCACUGCAGCUUCUAUAACAUCUACAACAAGCGCAACAAUACCACCUACGGCAACAACUACAGCUUCUACUACGACAAAAAUGGUAGAUCCUGCGACCACCACAAAUGAUGCAGCUACUACGACAACCACAGCUCCUACAACUCCAACUGUAGCUUCUUCCACAAGAACAAGUGCAGCUCCUACUACAACCACAACAGAAGCUUCUUCUACACCAACUGUAGAAACUACGACUACCACAACAACAUCCCCUACGACAACUGCAGCUCCUACUACAACUACCGUAGCUCCUACGGCCACUACAACUGCAGCAGCUCCAACAACAACUGUAGCUGCUUCCUCAACCACUACAGCAGCCCCUACUGCAACUAGAAAUGAAGAUCCUUCUACAAUAACCACAACAACAUCCCCUACGACAACUGCAGCUCCUAGUACAACCACCGGAGCUCCUACGGUCACUACAACAGCAGCAGCUAUUACAACAACAACUGAAGCUGUUUCCACAAGCACUACUGCAGGCCUUACUGCAACCACAUCUGAAGCUUCUUCUACAACAACUAUAGCACCUACAACAACAUCCCCUUCGACAACUGUAGCUCCAACAACGCCAAUCACAACCGAAGGUCCUACUACCAUUUUAACUCCUACGACAACCACAACUGUAGCACCUACAGCAGCCACAACAACAACUGUAGCACCUACGACAACAUCUUUUUCGACAACUGCAGCUCCAACAACUGUAGCUCCAACAACUAUAGCACCUACGACAACCACAACAAUCUCCCCUUCGACAACUGUAGCUCUAACAACACCAAUCACAACCGAAGGUCCUACUACCAUUUUAACUCCUACGACAACCACAACUGGAGCACCUACAGCAACCACAACAACAACUGUAGAACCUAUGACAACCACAACAAUAUCCUUUUCGACAACUGCAGCUCCAACAACUGUAGCUCCUACAACGCCAAUCAAAACUGCAGGACCCACUGCCAUUGUAAGUCCUACGACAAACACAAAUGUAGCUCCUACAGCAACCACAACAGCAGCUAGUACAACAACUGGAGCUCCAACGACCACUACAACUGCAGCAGCACCAACUGUAGCUGCAUCCACAACCACUACUGCAGCCCCUAUGGCAACAACAACUCUAGCUCAUACAACAACAACGUUAGCUACAAUAGCAAGCACAACAGCAGCUGCAACGACAACCACUGCAGCUUCUAUAACAUCUACAACAAGCGCAACAAUACCACCUACGGCAACAACUACAGCUUCUACUACGACAAAAAUGGUAGAUCCUGCGACCACCACAAAUGAUGCAGCUACUACGACAACCACAGCUCCUACAACUCCAACUGUAGCUUCUUCCACAAGAACAAGUGCAGCUCCUACUACAACCACAACAGAAGCUUCUUCUACAGCAACUGUAGAAACUACGACUACCACAACAACAUCCCCUACGACAACUGCAGCUCCUACUACAACUACCGUAGCUCCUACGGCCACUACAACUGCAGCAGCUCCAACAACAACUGUAGCUGCUUCCUCAACCACUACAGCAGCCCCUACUGCAACUAGAAAUGAAGAUCCUUCUACAAUAACCACAACAACAUCCCCUACGACAACUGCAGCUCCUAGUACAACCACCGGAGCUCCUACGGCCACUACAACAGCAGCAGCUCUUACAACAACAACUGAAGCUGUUUCCACAAGCACUACUGCAGGCCUUACUGCAACCACAUCUGAAGCUUCUUCUACAACAACUAUAGCACCUACGACAACAUCCCCUUCGACAACUGUAGCUCCAACAACGCCAAUCACAACCGAAGGUCCUACUACCAUUUUAACUCCUACAACAACCACAACUGUAGCACCAACAGCAGCCACAACAACAACUGUAGCACCUACGACAACAUCUUUUUCGACAACUGCAGCUCCAACAACUGUAGCUCCAACAACUAUAGCACCUACGACAACCACAACAAUCUCCCCUUCAACAACUGUAGCUCCACCAACACCAAUCACAACCGAAGGUCCUACUACCAUUUUAACACCUACGACAACCACAACUGGAGCACCUACAGCAACCACAACAACAACUGUAGAACCUAUGACAACCACAACAACAUCCUUUUGGACAACUGCAGCUCCAACAACUGUAGCUCCUACAACGCCAAUCAAAACUGCAGGACCCACUGCCAUUGUAAGUCCUACGACAAACACAAAUGUAGCUCCUACAGCAACCACAACAGCAGCUAGUACAACAACUGGAGCUCCAACGACCACUACAACUGCAGUAGCACCAACUGUAGCUGCAUCCACAACCACUACUGCAGCCCAAAUGGCAACAACAACUCUAGCUCAUACAACAACAACGUUAGCUACAAUAGCAAGCACAACAGCAGCUGCAACGACAAGCACUGCAGCUUCUAUAACAUCUACAACAAGCGCAACAAUACCACCUACAGCAACAACUACAGCUUCGACUACGACAAAAAUGGUAGAUCCUGCGACCACCACAAAUGAUGCAGCUACUACGACAACCACAGCUCCUACAACUCCAACUGUAGCUUCUUCCACAAGAACAAGUGCAGCUCCUACUACAACCACAACAGAAGCUUAUUCUACAGCAACUGUAGAAACUACGACUACCACAACAACAUCCCCUACGACAACUGCAGCUCCUACUACAACUACCGUAGCUCCUACGGCCACUACAACUGCAGCAGCUCCAACAACAACUGUAGCUGCUUCCUCAACCACUACAGCAGCCCCUACUGCAACUAGAAAUGAAGAUCCUUCUACAAUAACCACAACAACAUCCCCUACGACAACUGCAGCUCCUAGUACAACCACCGGAGCUCCUACGGCCACUACAACAGCAGCAGCUCUUACAACAACAACUGAAGCUGUUUCCACAAGAACUACUGCAGGCCUUACUGCAACCACAUCUGAAGCUUCUUCUACAACAACUAUAGCACCUACAACAACAUCCCCUUCGACAACUGUAGCUCCAACAACGCCAAUCACAACCGAAGGUCCUACUACCAUUUUAACUCCUACGACAACCACAACUGUAGCACCUACAGCAGCCACAACAACAACUGUAGCACCUACGACAACAUCUUUUUCGACAACUGCAGCUCCAACAACUGUAGCUCCAACAACUAUAGCACCUACGACAACCACAACAAUCUCCCCUUCGACAACUGUAGCUCCAACAACACCAAUCACAACCGAAGGUCCUACUACCAUUUUAACUCCUACGACAACCACAACUGGAGCACCUACAGCAACCACAAAAACUGAAGUACCUAUGACAACCACAACAACAUCCUUUUCGACAACUGCAGCUCCAACAACUGUAUCUCCUACAACGCCAAUCAAAACUGCAGGACCCACUGCCAUUGUAAGUCCUACGACAAACACAAAUGUAGCUCCUACAGCAACCACAACAGCAGCUAGUACAACAACUGGAGCUCCAACGACCACUACAACUGCAGCAGCACCAACUGUAGCUGCAUCCACAACCACUACUGCAGCCCCUAUGACAACAACAACUCUAGCUCAUACAACAACAACGUUAGCUACAAUAGCAGGCACAACAGCAGCUGCAACGACAACCACUGCAGCUUCUAUAACAUCUACAACAAGCGCAACAAUACCACCUACGGCAACAACUACAGCUUCUACUAUGACAGAAAUGGUAGAUCCUGCGAUCACGACAAAUGAUGCAGCUACUACGACAACCACAGCUCCUACAACUCCAACUGUAGCUUCUUCCACAAGAACAAGUGCAGCUCCUACUACAACCACAACAGAAGCUUCUUCUACAACAACUGUAGAAACUACAACUACCACAACAACAUCCCCUACGACAACUGCAGCUCCUACUACAACUACCGUAGCUCCUACGGCCACUACAACAGCAGCAGCUCUUACAACAACAACUGUAGCUGCUUCCACAAGCACUACUGCAGCCCCUACUGCAACCACAACAGAAGCUUCUUCUACAACAACUGUAGAAACUAUGACUACCACAACAACAUCCCCUACGACAACUGCAGCUCCUACUACAACCACCGGAGCUCGUACGGCCACUACAACAGCAGCAGCUCUUACAACAACAACUGAAGCUGCUUCCACAAGCACUACUGCAUCCCCUACAGCAACCACAACAGAAGCUUCUUCUACAACAACUGUAGAAACUACGACUACCACAACAUCCCCUACGACAACUGCAGCUCCUACUACAACCACCGGAGCUCCUACGGCCACUACAACUGCAGCAGCUCCAACAACAAUUGUAGCUGCUUCCUCAACCACUACAGCAGCCCCUACUGCAACUAGAAAUGAAGAUCCUUCUACAAUAACAACAACAACAUCCCCUACGACAACUGCAGCUCCUACUACAACCACCGGAGCACCUACGGCCACUACAACUGCAGCAGCUCCAACAACAAUUGUAGCUGCUUCCUCAACCACUACAGCAGCCCCUACUGCAACUAGAAAUGAAGAUCCUUCUACAAUAACCACAACAACAUCCCCUAUGACAACUGCAGCUCCUACUACAACCCCCGGAGCUCCUACGGCCACUACAACAGCAGCAACUCUUACAACAACAACUGAAGCUGCUUCCACAAGCACUACUGCAGGCCUUACUGCAACUAGAAAUGAAGAUCCUUCUACAAUAACCACAAACACUGUAGCUGCUUCCACAACCACUACUGCAUUACCUACUGCAACCACGACUGUAGUUUCUUCCACAACCACUACUGCAGUCCUUACUGCAACCACAACUGAAGCUUCUUCUACAACAACUACUGCAGCCCUUACUGGAACCACAACUGAAGCUUCUUCUAAAACAACUAUAGCACCUACGACAACCACAACAAUCUCCCCUUCGACAACUGUAGCUCCAACAACGCCAAUCAAAACCGAAGGUCCUACUACCAUUUUAACUCCUACGACAACCACAACUGUAGCACCAACAGCAGCCACAACAACAACUGUAGCACCUACAACAACAACUUUUUCAACAACUGCAGCUCCAACAACUGUAGCUCCUACAACGCCAAUCAAAACUGCAGGACCUACUACCAUUGUAAGUCCUACGACAAACACAAAUGUAGCUCCUACAGAAACCACAACGGAAGCUUCUGCUACAACAACUGUAGAAACUACGACUACCACAACAACAUCCCCUACGAGAACUGCAGCUCCUACUACAACUACCAUAUCUCCCAUGGCCACUACAACUGUAGCAGCUCCAACAACAACUGAAGCUGCUACCUCAACCACUACAGCAGCCCCUACUGCAACUAGAAAUGAAGAUCCUUCUACAAUAACCACAACAACAUCCCCUACGACAACUGCAGCUCCUAGUACAACCACCGGAGCUCCUACGGCCACUACAACAGCAGCAGCUCUUACAACAACAACUGAAGCUGUUUCCACAAGCACUACUGCAGGCCUUACUGCAACCACAUCUGAAGCUUCUUCUACAACAACUAUAGCACCUACGACAACAUCCCCUUCGACAACUGUAGCUCCAACAACGCCAAUCACAACCGAAGGUCCUACUACCAUUUUAACUCCUACGACAACCACAACUGUAGCACCUACAGCAGCCACAACAACAACUGUAGCACCUACGACAACAUCUUUUUCGACAACUGCAGCUCCAACAACUGUAGCUCCAACAACUAUAGCACCUACGACAACCACAACAAUCUCCCCUUCGACAACUGUAGCUCCAACAACACCAAUCACAACCGAAGGUCCUACUACCAUUUUAACACCUACGACAACCACAACUGGAGCACCUACAGCAACCACAACAACAACUGUAGAACCUAUGACAACCACAACAACAUCCUUUUCGACAACUGCAGCUCCAACAACUGUAGCUCCUACAACGCCAAUCAAAACGGCAGGACCCACUGCCAUUGUAAGUCCUACGACAAACACAAAUGUAGCUCCUACAGCAACCACAACAGCAGCUAGUACAACAACUGGAGCUCCAACGACCACUACAACUGCAGGAGCACCAACUGUAGCUGCAUCCACAACCACUACUGCAGCCCCUAUGGCAACAACAACUCUAGCUCAUACAACAACAACGUUAGCUACAAUAGCAAGCACAACAGCAGCUGCAACGACAACCACUGCAGCUUCUAUAACAUCUACAACAAGCGCAACAAUACCACCUAUGGCAACAACUACAGCUUCGACUACGACAAAAAUGGUAGAUCCUGCGACCACCACAAAUGAUGCAGCUACUACGACAACCACAGCUCCUACAACUCCAACUGUAGCUUCUUCCACAAGAACAAGUGCAGGUCCUACUACAACCACAACAGAAGCUUCUUCUACAGCAACUGUAGAAACUACGACUACCACAACAACAUCCCCUACGACAACUGCAGCUCCUACUACAACUACCGUAGCUCCUACGGCCACUACAACUGCAGCAGCUCCAACAACAACUGUAGCUGCUUCCUCAACCACUACAGCAGCCCCUACUGCAACUAGAAAUGAAGAUCCUUCUACAAUAACCACAACAACAUCCCCUACGACAACUGCAGCUCCUAGUACAACCACCGGAGCUCCUACGGCCACUACAACAGCAGCAGCUAUUACAACAACAACUGAAGCUGUUUCCACAAGCACUACUGCAGGCCUUACUGCAACCACAUCUGAAGCUUCUUCUACAACAACUAUAGCACCUACAACAACAUCCCCUUCGACAACUGUAGCUCCAACAACGCCAAUCACAACCGAAGGUCCUACUACCAUUUUAACUCCUACGACAGCCACAACUGUAGCACCUACAGCAGCCACAACAACAACUGUAGCACCUACGACAACAUCUUUUUCGACAACUGCAGCUCCAACAACUGUAGCUCCAACAACUAUAGCACCUACGACAACCACAACAAUCUCCCCUUCGACAACUGUAGCUCCAACAACACCAAUCACAACCGAAGGUCCUACUACUAUUUUAACUCCUACGACAACCACAACUGGAGCACCUACAGCAACCACAACAACAACUGUAGAACCUAUGACAACCACAACAACAUCCUUUUCGACAACUGCAGCUCCAACAACUGUAGCUCCUACAACGCCAAUCAAAACGGCAGGACCCACUGCCAUUGUAAGUCCUACGACAAACACAAAUGUAGCUCCUACAGCAACCACAACAGCAGCUAGUACAACAACUGGAGCUCCAACGACCACUACAACUGCAGCAGCACCAACUGUAGCUGCAUCCACAACCACUACUGCAGCCCCUAUGGCAACAACAACUCUAGCUCAUACAACAACAACGUUAGCUACAAUAGCAAGCACAACAGCAGCUGCAACGACAACCACUGCAGCUUCUAUAACAUCUACAACAAGCGCAACAAUACCACCUACGGCAACAACUACAGCUUCGACUAUGACAAAAAUGGUAGAUCCUGCGACCACCACAAAUGAUGCAGCUACUACGACAACCACAGCUCCUACAACUCCAACUGUAGCUUCUUCCACAAGAACAAGUGCAGCUCCUACUACAACCACAACAGAAGCUUCUUCUACAGCAAUUGUAGAAACUACGACUACCACAACAACAUCCCCUACGACAACUGCAGCUCCUACUACAACUACCGUAGCUCCUACGGCCACUACAACUGCAGCAGCUCCAACAACAACUGUAGCUGCUUCCUCAACCACUACAGCAGCCCCUACUGCAACUAGACAUGAAGAUCCUUCUACAAUAACCACAACAACAUCCCCUACGACAACUGCAGCUCCUAGUACAACCACCGGAGCUCCUACGGCCACUACAACAGCAGCAGCUAUUACAACAACAACUGAAGCUGUUUCCACAAGAACUACUGCAGGCCUUACUGCAACCACAUCUGAAGCUUCUUCUACAACAACUAUAGCACCUACAACAACAUCCCCUUCGACAACUGUAGCUCCAACAACGCCAAUCACAACCGAAGGUCCUACUACCAUUUUAACUCCUACGACAACCACAACUGUAGCACCUACAGCAGCCACAACAACAACUGUAGCACCUACGACAACAUCUUUUUCGACAACUGCAGCUCCAACAACUGUAGCUCCAACAACUAUAGCACCUACGACAACCACAACAAUCUCCCCUUCGACAACUGUAGCUCCAACAACACCAAUCACAACCGAAGGUCCUACUACCAUUUUAACUCCUACGACAACCACAACUGGAGCACCUACAGCAACCACAACAAAACUGAAGUACCUAUGACAACCACAACAACAUCCUUUUCGACAACUGCAGCUCCAACAACUGUAUCUCCUACAACGCCAAUCAAAACUGCAGGACCCACUGCCAUUGUAAGUCCUACGACAAACA